AUUAAUUUUCCUUCCUCUUCUCUCCCUGAAAUUUUGUGAUUAUCCCAUCUACCUACUCGCCGCCACUUCAUACCCAACAAAGGCAACGACUAGCAGCUCCCUGACCUAUAAAUACACAGCUCUCCAACUGCUCAUUCAUCACCCUCUUCGCUUAAUCUAAUCCUGGUUUCUGGGUUUUGCUCAAUCUUAGUCUUAAGGCAGCCAUGAACGCUCUUGCAGCUACUAACCGUAAUUUUCGUCAUGCUGCACGUAUUCUUGGGUUGGACUCAAAGCUUGAAAGGAGUCUCUUGAUUCCUUUCAGAGAGAUCAAGGUGGAGUGCACGAUUCCCAAGGACGAUGGGAGCUUGGUGUCUUACGUUGGAUUCAGAGUGCAGCACGAUAAUGCACGCGGCCCAAUGAAAGGUGGAAUCAGAUAUCAUCCUGAGGUUGACCCUGAUGAAGUUAAUGCCCUGGCUCAAUUGAUGACAUGGAAGACUGCCGUAGUGAACAUUCCAUAUGGUGGGGCAAAGGGUGGAAUCGGAUGCUCCCCAGGGGACCUAAGUAAGAGUGAGUUGGAACGUCUUACUCGUGUCUUCACUCAGAAGAUCCACGACCUCAUUGGCAUUCAUGCGGAUGUUCCAGCACCAGAUAUGGGUACUAAUGCUCAGACUAUGGCAUGGAUUCUGGAUGAGUACUCGAAAUUUCAUGGUCAUUCCCCAGCUGUUGUGACUGGAAAGCCUAUAGAUCUUGGAGGAUCACUUGGCAGGGACGCUGCAACUGGGCGUGGUGUUGUUUUUGCAACAGAAGCUUUACUUGCUGACUAUGGGAAGUCAAUUGAGGGUUUGACUUUUGCUGUUCAGGGCUUUGGAAAUGUGGGUUCCUGGGCUGCAAGGCUUAUACAUGAAAGAGGUGGUAAGGUUAUUGCCGUGAGUGACAUCACUGGGGCAGUUAGGAACCCAAAUGGAAUUGAUAUUCCAGAGCUGCUGAAGCAUAAAGAGGAGACUCGCAGCCUAGCCAAUUUUAAUGGAGCGGAUCAGAUGGAUCCUAAUGAACUGCUCAUUCAUGAAUGUGAUGUCCUCAUCCCAUGCGCAUUAGGUGGCGUUUUGAACAGGGAAAAUGCUGCUGAUGUGAAAGCCAAGUUCAUCAUAGAGGCAGCUAACCAUCCUACUGAUCCAGAAGCUGAUGAAAUUCUAUCUAAGAAAGGAGUCAUUGUUCUCCCUGAUAUAUAUGCAAAUGCUGGAGGUGUAACUGUCAGUUAUUUCGAGUGGGUUCAGAAUAUUCAAGGUUUUAUGUGGGAUGAAGACAAGGUGAAUAGCGAGCUUCAGACAUACAUGACUCGAGCUUUUCAUAAAAUAAAGAGUAUGUGCCACUCCCACAACUGCAACCUCCGGAUGGGUGCCUUCACACUUGGGGUUGACCGAGUUGCACGUGCGACCUUGCUAAGAGGAUGGGAAGCAUGAACGCCAUGCCCCCUUCUCCAUUUUUCUCUUGCUUCUCUUCCUCCUUUAUACUUGAAAGUUGAAACCCCUUGUCAUUGCUGAAAUAAUUUUCUCUGAAAUAAUGUUUUUAUCUUUCAUUAGGUUAAUUUUUUUGCAGUUUAUGUUGUCAAAGAAAUUGAAGAGAAUUUAUUGGGGGAAUUCAUUUUAUAAAAGACUAUGAUACUUUUAUUUCUGUUCUA